AUCAUGCUUAUCAUUGUAAAUGUUUGUCUUUGCGUAACCUUUCUCAAAAUCUCGUUAAGGAAAAUUGUGUCACUCUGUUUGUAUAAUUAAAAGCUUGUAAAGCUUGAUAACUUCAUUGCUGCUUUACUCAGCAAGAAGGUCACACGUUGUGUGAAGAUGAAGAUUACACAACCAGUUUUUAUUUUACUUCUCCUGACGACAUUUAUCGUAGUUUUAUCAUGUCCAGUUGGUCAGAAAUAUUGUAAAGAUCUUGAAGGAUGUGUUUCCUCGUCAGAUAACUGCACAAACGCCACCAUAUUAAGUUGUGCCAACGAGACUGCUCCUUGCAUUGUUGGUAAUGGUACGAUUAGUUGUGUUGACCUCUUCAACAAUAGUUGUGGAAAUUUUUCCUGUAGGAAUAACACGAAGUACUGUCAUAAAAAAAAGAGAUGCAUCGGGUUAAAUGAACAUUGCUGUUCUGAAAAAGAAGAAGCAUGCUCUCUUGUCACCUCGUAUAACGAUUUCGUUUCAAGUAAAACAUUGGACGAUCAUUGUAAAGUACUCCAUCAAGGUCAUCACAAUUUUUCCAUCUACUAUAAUCAAAGGAUGAAGCAUUAUAAUCCUAUAACAAAAAUGAUGUGUGAGAAGGACACUUACUUUUGUCCUCUAUCGCUUUAUUGUAUGGCUGUGAAUCAUUCGUGUACCGCUGAUUCUUCCUAUCGUGGGCACUCAUUUAACGUAUUUCAAAGAAACGGCAAUAACGACGAAUUAUUCUGUCCUUUGUAUAUGAAUUAUAUUCCGUUGAAUACAAGCUGUUCGUGGAAAAUGGUGUUUGAGUGGCAUGAAAAUGGAAGCAAAUCAAUUGAUCCCUUCUCUCGUCCUUGUCCAAAAAACCAGACAUUUUCACCAAUGAACUUCUCUUGUGUGUAUUCACGUGACCAUGAAGAAAUGAUGAGGAGAAUUUGUAACGAAACUAAAGAUCAUGCGUAUUGUAAGAGUCAAAAUAUCACAAAGAAAUGGCAUAGGAAUGAGAGUUUGCUCAAUAUGGACAGGUAUUAUGGAUGGUUUGAUUUUUGUCAAAACCGUUAUUUUAUAAAAAGUCUGUUGUGGAAAAAGUCAACUAUGUGCAAGCCGUAUACUGAAAAAUGUCGAAGAGAGAAAUGUAAAACACGUUUUUGCAAUACACUGUCGUCUAGAAAUGUCUCACAUUCGAUGUUCAAUGGAUCUCAUUGGAUGUUUAAUGGAUCUUAUUGGAUUCCCAAAAUGAAAGAUAACGUCAGUAUGUCUAAUGAUGAAUGUCCUUACACGUUUUCUUCACGUGAUUUUGAGAAUUGCCACAUGCGUAGAAAGAUGAAAUCAUGUGAUCGUAAAAUGAUUUGUGAUUCUUUAAUGAAGAUGAAAGGAAAUUUAUCGUGGAAUGAUGAAAACGUGUGGUUAAAGAAUUGUAACAGAAGUAUAAAUGUCUCCCUAGAAAUGAUGUACUGUAACAUGUCUUGUGAGCCGUCAUAUCUUUGUCGUCAUUUACCCAAAAAUGGUACAUUAAACAACAGCAGAGUUAUGGUAAAGGGCUGUAAAGUUGACAUAACUCAAAAUUCAUAUGUCUGUUUGGCGAACAAUUCUUGUCACAUUGACUGUGUAUCAUUAAACGGGAAAAAUUACAAUUAUUCUCAUUUAAAUAAAACGGUCCGUAUCAAAGGUUGUAAGAUCAUUUUAAAUAAUGAUGUCGUUCAGCGAUGUAACUUGGCAAUCAUGAAGUGUGAUAUGAAUGGAAAAUGUCCAAAAAGUGAAGUACCGCCGAUGAACCCCACAAGAAAAAUGAACGAAUCAUGUCGUUACAUGAAACUUUGUAAACAUCUACAACACCGUCAUUAUAAUCAAUCUUUCAUCAACCAAACUGAUUUCAUCGAAGGUUGUUCAGUGACUUUAAAUCAAACUGUUGUCGACAUGUGCAAUAUUACUUUUACUUCAUCGUGUAAAAUGGUUGAACUUUGUCCAAAAUAUCGUCAGCUUGCUAUGAAUUACACAAGAGAAAAGUUUCCCAUCGAGAUUGGAGGGUGUAGUGUAACUUGGGACAAAAUGAAAAGAUGCAACAUCACCUCGAGACUAAUGAACGAAUCAUGUCGUUACAUGAAACUUUGUAAACAUCUACAACACCGUCAUUAUAAUCAAUCAUUUAUCAACCAAACUGUUUUCAUCGAAGGUUGUUCAGUGACUUUAAAUCAAACUGUUGUCGACAUGUGCAACAUUACUUUUGCUUCGUCGUGUAAAAUGGUUGAACUUUGUCCAAAAUAUUGGAAAUUGGCCAGGAAUCAUAGCUUUCAUUCUUUUCCAAAAUAUGUUGAUAAUUGUGCGGUGAAGAUGGAAGAUCUUAAAAAAUGCAACAUAUACUUACUUGAAGAAACACACUAUAAAUAUAAGAUGCUUUAUAAUGGAUUUAAAAUUUCAAACAGUUUAACGACGUCUGUUAGCAACAUCGCAAUCAGAGAAGUACUGGGCACUAACUACGGACAUUGGGAGUACAAAACAAGUGAAAAUUGGAAACGACUCGGUCCUGUCUCUUCAAACAGAUCAAUGAUUCUCACUACAAGAGCUCGUUUAAGGUUCGUUCUUCGACCAAAUAUUUCUUGGAAUGGUCUUCUUACUCUUAAAUAUUCACCUGUCAACAAAUCUCUGGUUGAAAAUAUCACUCACAUGGAUAUGGUAAACAUUCGUCAUGAUCCCAGAGAUACCUUAGCAUUACUUUUAUAUCCUAUCAUUCCUGUUGCAAAUCUCAUCACGUUUGCUGGUGACACAUAUCGUGUUAUGGAAGAUAUGGAGGAUGCUGGAUUUAUGGUUCGCCAUAAAAUUAAGAUGAAUUUGAGCCAUUUUAUAACGCCAGUCGCUGAAAAUAUCUCUGCAAACAAACAUUUAAAUGAUGAAGAUGUUCACGAUUAUACUAACACUGUAAAAUGCUAUAAAGAGUUUGAGCCGACCAUUGCUAUCGUAAAAGUUGAUAACUACGUGCGAGGCCAUUGGGAAGUAAACAGACGUCAUGUAUCAUCGGCAUCCUUCAAGUCACCCAUGGUUGUUCCACCUGGUUAUAAUUUGAGAUUUAUCUCAGCAAAAGAUUUUUACGGCAACAGUUCCAUGAAAUUUGUUGUUGUUGUUUACAGUAACUGCUCGACUUUAAACAAAAAAGAAUAUUUCAACGUACCUGAACAACUUUCUUAUGCUUUUAAAUCGGUGAUUAAGAUAAAGAAUUCAUCUAAAGAUGUUGUCAAUUUGCUGGAGUCUGUGUUAAAAGAAAUCAUUCCACCAUUCAACCCGAAGAACUUUAAAGACGUUCUUAAAACUUUCUCCGCUUCUUUCAAUUUGACAAAUCAAGUUAACGAUGUUGUUUCUCAAGCCUUCGAAGCUGUUUCUCCAUUGCAAGAAAAUCCAUUGAAAGAUUUACCGCGUUAUCUUAGUGGAAGUUUGGUGAUCCUCAAUAAUCCAAGGAUAUACACGUUUAAUGUUGAUGUACAUGCUACAAAUGAUCCACCAACAAUCGAGAAUCCUUUGGUUGAGCUUCCUCCUAUUUCAUUCAAUUUAAGUAGUACUUCUAACACUGGGAUAAUGAUCAAAGAUUUACUUCACGACGCUCGGGCUUCUGAUAUUGACAAUGUCUUCCUUGGAGUGGCUAUAGUGCAAGCACUGAAUACGAGCGUUGGCUUGUGGGAAUAUCGUUCACCUUUUGGCGUAUGGACUCCAGUGAUAGUUAAGAAUACUGACUACUCGGACCGUGAAGAAAAGACAUUCCCGGUUAUGUUAUUAAACUCAAGUUACUGGCUCAAAUUUCAAAUUCAUUCGAACGAUAUCCUGUGGAGUAAAUCUGAAGCAACAACGUUGGCAAGAAUUAUAUUUCUUCCUUGGGAUGGUUCUGAUAAUAGCAAGAUAGGUAAAGGAUUCGUUACCAGACCUUCAAACAAAACCUCUGCCUAUGGAAGACAAUCUGUGAGCGUGACUGCGGUAAGAAAGGGUUGUGAUAAUAUCGUCGGAUCGAAAAGUCGCUAUGAUCGCUGUGGUGCAUGUGGAGGAAAUGGUAUGUCUUGUGUUGCCUGUGAUGGUGUCGUGUUUUCAAAUGCUACUAUUGAUGAUUGUGGAAAUUGCACAGAAGGAAACACUGGUUUGAAGAAAAAUGCUUUUAAGGAUUGUGCUGGUGAAUGUGGACUAUCGUUUAUAGACAAAUGUGGUGUAUGUCAACGCAAGGAUAAGGUAAGAAACUUUACAGAUUGUGCAGGAGAGUGUCAAGGUAAUGCAACCAUAAAUGAAUGUCGUGUCUGCGUUGGUGGAAAAACUAAGAAACGUUUGACAGAUGGUCAAGAUGCUUGUGGUGUAUGUAAUGGGGAUAAUACAACAUGUAUGGAUUGUGAACACACACCCAAUGGUGGGAAGAAAGUGGAUAAUUGUGGAUUGUGUUUAUCUCCUUUUGAUCAUCAUUAUAAUGACGAAUGCUUAGUUUUAAGAAAACUUGUUCCUAACAGUGGUCCACAUUUCAUUGAUUUAUCUGUUCUUGUUCUUGGUGCUGGCUUUAGAAAUUAUUCAAAAGUCAACUGCUCACUCUUGACAAAUGGUUCCGCGAAAACUAUUCCAACUUCAAAGUCUUCGAUUUCUUUCGCGAAUAAUGAAAGUGUAAUUAAUUUUACUGUUUCUUCCCUAAAUCCUGGAUACUACAACCUCUCCUGCAAAUUUGAAAACAGAAUUUUGAUUUAUGCUGACGAACUUAUGUUUAUUUACAACAAAACAGCGAUCACAUUUACAUCAGUUUCACCACAUUCUAUUGAGAGAACGAUGAAGAAGACAGUUGUCGUUACUGGUAAAGGGUUCAUCAAUACGUCAGAUAUUUUAUGUGUUACGAGUAUUGCUCUUACGUUUAAAGCAGACUUUAAAAACUCAACACAAGUGUUAUGUUUAAUACCUGCAAUUGAAACAUCCGCGCGUUUUUUCCUGGCUAUUUCAUUUAGCAGAAACGAUCGAUAUGUUCGUGAUAAAGGCGUGAACUUCACGAUAUAUGCUAAUGCUUCAAGACCAAUCAGUUCACAAUUUACAGACCAUCUCAACGAAAUCGAGAUUAAAUUCGAUGUUCCUACAAAACCAAAGAUUGUGUCAGACGAAUGCUCGAUGUUCUUUCAUCAAAGGAAUGUAACUUCAUUUGGAGCAAAUGCCAAAUGUGUGUUUACAACGCCAUUAAUAAUGCUUAUUCAACUACGUGGGGAUCCUACAAUACUUCCCGAUCAAACACUUUAUUUUAAACGGAAAUCCAUAAGCCGAAUGUUUCAUAAGGUCACAAAAGAAUCAACAUUAUUGUACUAUGAAUUGACAGUGUCCGCUCCUAAAAAUCCUUCUGUUCUUCAAGCUUCUUUAAUUGGAACGACGAUAUUGGGUGUUUGUGCGAAAGUAAAAUUAGAUGGUUCCCAGUCUCUUGGUGGUGGUGGCCGUCCUUUAACCUUCAUUUGGGGGGUGGAGUUGGUAGACCCCACUGAUCCUAAAAUCUCACUGACGGUCAAAGCCAGAGAUGACCUAAAGGCUAUGAGCGAUUUUUUAAAGAGCGAAACGGAAGCAAUUGUUUCUAUUGAAACGUUGUCGAUGAUCAAGAUUGGUUUAAAAUACAAUUUCACGUUAAAAGUGAGAGAUUUUCUUCAGCGUGAGAGUCCUUUGGCAAGUUUGGUAGUCACACGAGAAGACAAAACUGUACCUGAUCUCAGUUUUGGUGCUAAAAAGCUAAUGAUGAAAAGAGCUUUAGGAAUCACAUUACAAGCAAAAGUGACAUUAUCUUCUUGUUUACCUGCUGCCUAUAAACCCAAUGUUAUAUUUUCUUGGGAAAUCGAGCCCGCUGUCCCUAUGGAGUUUGGUGUUUUGCCAAGAUUAACCAUUCCUCCUCGUCGUCUUAUUGUUGACCAGAUUUAUAAGUUGAGAUUGACAGCGACCAUGAAAGCAGACACGAGUUUAACACAAACUGUUGAAAUAAAACUGGAUGUUCAAUCCUCUUCACUUAAUGCUGUUGUAAAAGGUGGAAGUACGAGGAUAGUUGGUGAAAACGAAGUCAUUACUUUGGAUGCCUCUAGUUCAUCAGAUCCCGAUGGAUCCGUUUCUCCUUCAUCGUUUUUAUGGGCUUGCGAGGACGAAGAUAAAGGACCUUGUUUUGAGCCUUCGAAUCGUGGAAAAGUUCAAAGCUUGAAGUUAAAUAGCGAGUCUCGCAUAACCAUCAAUGUUGCCAAAUCAUUGAAAAGAAACAAAAGAUACUUGUUUACUGUAACAUAUCGUAAGGAUCGUCGUUCUUCUAAAGCUUCACUAACUGUAUUUGUCAAACCCGGAUCACAUCCAUCCAUUACCAUUCGUCCAGUCCACGUUGGUAAAGUUAACCCAAGCAACAUGUUUAUACUUGAGUCGUACAUAAAAAACUACAAGAGUUUCAACACAACAUGGAGUUGUGUUCAAAGCAACGAUAAUGGAUACAUCGAUUUAUCAUCGCUGGGAAAUUCAUUAACAAAUAUUGUUCAACAAUAUUACAAAUCAAAUGCUUCAAAUGAUGUUAUCGGUUCACCUUCAUUAGUCAUUCCUGCUAAUAAACUAGAAAGUGGUGUGACGUUGAGGUUUCGUUUAACCGCUGACAAUAGUGAAUCGUCGUCGUUUACAGAGUAUGACGUCACGACGAACAAUGUCCCCACACCAGGCUCAUUGGAGGUUGAACCCCCAUCAGGAUUCUUUGGAAAUACAACCUUUACCUUACGUGCAAAAGGAUGGAUUGAUGACGAUCUUCCACUGACGUAUGAUUUUGGUUAUAUUGUUGAUGGAUCCGAGGGAACUAAGGAGAUUACAUUGGGUACAACGUUUUUCAACAGUUAUAACAAUGCUAUACUGCCUCAAGGAAAGCCAUCUAACAACUUCAUUGUAACAGUUUUUGUACGAGUAUACGAUAUAUACGGCGCCUGGAGUGUCCAAUAUUCUUCUGCUGUUGUUAAACCAGCUGAACAAGUUCAUAUAAAUAUGACAUAUUUCGCUCAAUCUGUUCAAGAGGAUUUUGCAUCCGGAGAUUUCAACAAAGGUGCCGCUGUGUCUACUGCACUCGUUGUCGCAUUAUCCAUUAGCGGGUCAAAUGAUCCCACCAUUACUGAAGCAAUUAAGACAUUAAAAAUAAGCGUUACGAAACAGAUUAUAGAUGUUGUUCAAAAAGGUGCAAUUCAAGAUACAUUAGGAAAAAGAACGAUCGAAAGAUACCUCGUAGAUUUGACUUCAGAUUGUCGACAAGACUGUAACGCCACUUCAAUCAUAGAUGUUCUUCUUAAAAUGUCUCGAAGGAGUACUUCAUCUAAUACAAAACGACGGCGGCGGGCUGCAUCAACUGAUUAUGAUAAUAUUGAGAGGAAAACAGGACCUCAAGUUGAAAAUAUCCUUCAAAUAUCUCAAAAUGUCAUUUACCCUAAAGAUAACAGUUCAGGCGGUUUAAAAGCUAAAAUUGAUUUUCUGUCGCUUUUAAAGGCUCAGGAACAAUCUUUAUGCAAAAAUCUGGCGAUGGGUGGUCCCUAUGAACUUGCUAAAUCAAACAUUACUGUUCUUCGAGCUGUUAAGGAUCCAUUCACUGCUAUUGAUAGUGAUUUUACAAAUGUGUUUACGUCGAACUCGUCAGAAUAUGUCACUGGAAAUGUAUUGUAUAAACUUGGUGAAGAUUUGAGAUCAAGAUAUAGAUCAUGGAUAUGUAUUAAUGAUGAUUUUUGUACUGGAACAUGUAUAGUGUCAGCACAGUUUAAACUGGAUUUACUAAUCCAACAUGAUCCAACUGAGAAGAUUACAAGAAUCAGUGAUAUUGUUUCCAUACGUUUAUAUAAUCCUGAAACUUUGAUGGAGAUAAUUACGUCAGUUCUUAAUCCUGCUGUUGUCUUCCGAUUUCACAUCAAUAACGCUGACAUGUACGAGAACUUAACCAAAGAGUGUCGUAUGUGGCAUAGUAAUGCUAACAAAUGGCAAGUUGAGGGAUGUAAGACGCAACAUUACAUGAAUAAAAAUGUUGUUGAAUGUCAAUGUUCUAAAUUGGGUUUCAUUGCUGUGUUUCUUGGUAAAGAAAAGCAUAACACAACUGUUGCAACUGCUCUUUCAACAGCUUCAUCGGAGAAAUCUAUGAUGGUUGAAUUUUCAUUUGACGAAGACUACGACAAAGUUAUUCGUGGAAACAUAACUAAAGCUGUUUUCAUUAUGAAAUUGCGCUCAUUUCUUGCCGUGCUUCUCAACAUUUCACAACACAGGAUUGUGAAUAUGGAAAUCAGAAAAGGAAGUAUUAACGUAUCGUUUAUUAUUUUACCCAGUAAUAGCAGCAACGAAACUUCCGUCAACAUGAUUGUUUCAAAACUCCAAAUGUUGGUGGAACAGAGAGACAUCUACUUCACAAUACCUGGCUAUAAUAAAACAUUAACUGUUUUUGCCAACUCCUUUAAAAUUAUUACAGUUGUACCAACAGAGUCGACAACUGCUGCACCAAGUGUCAAUGAUAAAAAUGAGAGACUUACAACCGCUGAAAUUAUCGUCAUUGCUAUCGCAUGUGUAGCAGUUUUAAGUGCUGUUAUUUUGUCACUUGUAUAUUACUUUACUCGUGUUAAACCAUCGCGCACAGGAAAAAUUACUCCAAAGUCAUCUCAAUUACAACUGUCUGAACGACCUAAUAAUGACACUGAAGGAAAAUUUGGCGUUUUAAACUCUGACCAUAGUCCAGAUGAAAAGAGUGUUUAAAGACACAGAUAAACCACUGAUACUUUCAAUUAAAUUCCUUACAUAACUAUGUUCAGCUUAGGUUGUGGAUUUUGUCGCCUUUUUUUAAAGGACACUAAUUAAGAUAUUUGUGUUUUAUGAUUUUUCAUAAGAACGAGUUUAUUUUAUAUUUUGCUGUACUGAAUUGUAAAUUGUCUUGUAGCCUGUAGAAUUAAAGCAACAGUAAAAUUAUCAUGAAGAAUAAUCGUAAUGUUAAACACACAAUAUGUAAAAUAGAAUACUUUAUAUAUAGAAUUAAUGUCGUGAAUAAAAAGCACAUCACUGGAUAACAAA